CUGGAUCGACCUGAUUUCUAUCGGAAGAUGAUGAAACUUUACCCUGAUUAUAAAUCAGACAAAAACGUUCGGGUUGAACCAAUCCUGCAGAUCUGAAGCACUAGGUUCCAACACGCGAGAGAGAGAAAAAAGCGCAGAAAGCGGCAGGCGGAUUUACGCAGACACUUCACAGCCAGUGACGCUGAGCUGCACAACAACAAGCAUCUCCUCUUUCCCAUUCCCUCCCCAGUCGAACCUGGAUUCCUAUCCAUACCAUAACAACUGCGUAAGACAUCGCAUGAGGAGCAGAACAUCAUCCCGGCAUCAAACCUGCACAAACUCCGCAAAGACACCUCCUGCUCUGCUUUGUCUCACUCUCCGUUCACAACACUGCUGGGAGACAAAGCACAGAAGUUGCAGACGAGUGUUAACACCUCAGUUGAGCUUAUUAGCAUUUGUCUUUCACGUCCACUCUCUGCAGGCGCCCAGACGAGACAGAGAUGCUGAUGUCUGGGUUGCUCUAUCGCCUUCUCCUGGCUGGGACCUGUCUCUGUGUCUAUGGGACCCCUGUCCACUUACCGUUAACGCAGGACAGCAAUUGCGAUGGGGAUUUUGACCAAUCAAUAGUGAAUGUUAAGUCAUCACGCAACAGAGAUGAGUAUGUAGAGUCUGUACUGAGUAAAACAGAACAUGUGAGUGGCCUAAUACUGAAUGGAGAUACAACAGGAGGAGCCGGCCCUGAGGGGAUAGCUCCAGUGGUGCAGUCAGAAAAUGGGGACAGCCUUGAUGGACGAUCAUGGCCGAGUAAGGCUCAUGUGGAGCAAUUGAGUCAAAGAAGCCGAGUAAAGAAGGUCAGGCGCUCAUUUGAAAUGAGAGAUACUGACAGACAGUCAGAAUCACUUCUGUCAGAGGAACUAGAGAGAAGUGAGGAGAGCAGGUCUGGUAGAGAUGAACAAAAGCCACCACCUGCAGAUGCGACAGAGCAGGUGAGCAUGGAAAAAAUGAGGACAUCAAGAGAAACAAGGCCACCAUCCUAUGCAGAAACUUCAAACCCCUCAACUGUCCAGAGACUAACUUCUGAAAGUCCCAUCCCCAGUGUUGCCUCUGUGACCUCAACACCUCUGACAAUGUGGGGUCAUGAUGAAGCAACAAUCAUUCCCUCAUUCCCUGAGCCCUUAAUACCAGAAUUUGGACCAAAUUUGAUGCCGAAAGAUGAUGGACUGGAUAGUCUGUGGACAGAGGCAACAAGACCUGAUGGAGCGGAGACUGUUGACCCACUCUCUCAGGAUGAGGCCAUAGAGGGCACCAUGUCAUCAAAGUCUCUCCCUCUCAUCUUUGAUCCUUCUGAAGACAUGACACCAGAGGGGGCAGCAGCAGCAGCAGGCUUCACACCAGUGCCUCUUCUGUUAUCUGAAGUGGACAUGGAGCAGCUGGUCACAGGGGAGACUGACGGUGAUGGUCCUUCACAUGCCCCGUCCCUGCUGAUACCAGAGUGGAUGUCACCUUGGCAGACAUCCGGCGCAGAGCUCCAGGAACCGAUAGGCACUGUGGUUCCGUCUGUUUCACAGCAACAUGCUGGAACUGAACCAGAUGAGCCCACUGAACGAGAGGAGGCAGACGAGGAAGACAAGGACGAGAACUCUGAGGAAUCAGUGGAAGAUGAAAGUGAAGAGGACCAGACAGAUUCAACUAAAACAUCUCUAACUCAGCCUCCAUACAGUCUCAUCCCUCCUCCUCCUGUCUGGGUUCAACACAACCAGGGGCUGAUCCGGAGCUGGGUAGAGCUGAUCAGAGAAAAGGCGGGGUAUGUGUCAGGCAUGUUGGCCCCUGUAGGAAUUGGCAUCACCGGGGCCCUCCUAAUUGUUGGCGCCCUCUACAGCAUCAGGAUGAUUCACCGAAAGAGACGGAACAGCUUCAAGCAUCAGAGAAGGAAGGUUAGACAGCCAGAGCCUGGAGAGCCCUGUACUAGCCACCAGGACCAGACUAUGCUGCUGGCUGACAGCUCUGAAGAUGAAUUCUGAUGAGACAGUUUCGGGCUGUUUUUUUUCAAUGGCGACCACUGCCUGAUGCGCCAGUAAAAGAGGCUUGGCCAACAUCAGCAUUGCUAUGACGACCACAUCUCCAAUCACUCUGUGCUGUUUUGGCCAUGACUCAUCUGAUCCACACAAUGUGACUGAGUAUGUGGCACAAUUUGCACAGGCUGCACAGUGGUGGGCUUUGUACUCCCCCCUUUCCCUGCCUAAAACACUUUUGAGCAUUGCCAGGUGAUGCUGACUCUAAUGGUUUGACAUGGUUGGUGUGAUGCACUUUGACUCUUAAAAAAAAAAAAAACAAUAAAAAUGCUCCUUGUAAAAUAAAUGCAUUAGCAGGGUAAAUUGGCUGACUGACAGCAUUGGUAUUAAAAAGGUUCUGUGUUUCGAUUGGGGGGGGGUUCUGUUAUACAGUCAAAGGACUGGGAGGAGUUGUGUAAGGAAAAUGUAAAUACUCUCAAUGUAAAUCUGAUGGAGCUGACCUGUGGUCAGCUUUGUUUGUGUAAAUACAUUUGUACUUCUUGCACAGUAUUUUGGUGAAAAAGACACAGUUAAAGAAGCCAUUUUAUUUUAUUUAUACAGGACAUAACAUUUAAAUAGCGAGCCUGAUAUACUUAGCAUUAGGCCUGCUCGCGUGUCCUCCUCUGUCAAAACUUGCAAAAACCUGCCGACCUGCACCUUCAAAGUUCUCUAAUGAGGAACAUUUGUGAUCAGAAGAAAACAUGUGAAAUGCGAAAAUCAUCUAGGGACUGUAGGUAUUUUAAACUGUAUUUAGAACAGGAGCAAUAACUUUGUUUUUAGCCUUUAACGCAGGGUGACCUGUGUCAUUCAACAUAAUGUCUCUUUAUUUAGGCGUUAAUUUUACCUUAACCAAAUACCUGGACCUUUUUCAACAAUCAGUUACAACGGAGGAAGCCUCUUUAAUUUCAAUGAAAGGAACUUAAUUGCCAAUUUCUAAACGACCUGGAUCAGCACCUCAAACAGAGUUGAGCCACUGUUGCCCCUGUCAUCUCACUGACAGGUCAGAAAUUACCAGCAGAUUCUAAAAUGAUCUCCUAUCCUGCUCACUCACACAAGUUCUCUGUUCUAUUAGUGCUGACUUUCAUUACUGUUCUCCUGACUCUCUUGCACCUGCUCCCAAAUCUCAUCGCCUCUGCUCGUUCACACAACUGAAAACUGCAAACUUAGCGAUUGUUUAAUUGCGGUUUAAAGUGGUGCUAAGUGGUAGAAGUUGCUGUAGUCAAACCAGGACAGUAUUCUGUCUGUUUAGACUUGGUGUUAGAAUGUGCUAAAAUAGAGUAGCAUAUCUGUCCAUGUCCUCUGUCCAUCUCCCUGUGCGCAAGUCCAAGCCUUAAUGCAACUUAUGUGUAUAUGUAAAUAUAUAUUUUUUUAUUUACUGUGUAACUGUGACAAGCACACAGAACACUAUCAUCCAAAAAGUAUGUAGCAUUAAAAGAUCAUUAACAUGACAAGUGUGUUUUCUGGAAAAGCACAAACAGAGUGCGAACUCUGUCCGACAGUUUUCUUUCGAGCAGGCUCAGUUUGCACAACUUCUCUUUUGAGCGCGUCAAUCAAUGCCAAUAAAGACAUGAUUUUUGUCUUGUGUCAUUAUUCUGGAGAUUUUCCAUUCAUUAUUAAUCGGAAAACCUGGAUGAUGUAAGAGUAACCAUAAAGAAAAAAAAUAUUUGUACACUUUCCAUUUUCCAUUUGUACACUGCCAUUGUGUAAACACUAUUUGUUGUGCUUUGUUUAAAAAACAGAUUUUCUGUAUCUUUGUGAGUCAUGUCAUGUUCUUCCUGCCUGUUAAUAUGCAAUAAUACUGUUUUAGGAUGUGAUGUAAAAUAGUUAGUUUUUUUAUGUAGAUACAAAAACUCAUUUUUAGCAAAUAAUGUGGACUUUUUGUGUCUUAUUACAUCUACUAUUGUGAUGUCAAAGUGUAAUGGACUUGAACUGAAAAGACAAAUGACAACCCCGGUUACAGCAUUAAAAAAAUCAAAUAAUUUAUUUCUGUGUUCUUUUUCCACAUUAAAUAAAAGCUAUUGGAUAAUUUCCAGAUCAAAAUCAAGAGAAGGGACAGGGCAGAGGAGAAAAAAAGAAAACUUGACAUGCAGGAAAAACCUUCACUCUCCUUCUCACACACUUCAUGGUGAUGUUGAAGGCAGUUCUGGAUGCCCUGAAAACACUGUAGAAAGCCCCGGUGGGCUUUGACAUUUUGUGGCACAGCACCACUCGUAAAACGAUAAACUGUUAGUUUAAGUGGUCUCAGGGGUAAAUAUCUCGUUGCAAACGAAGAACGACUGAUUGCUUCACUGUGAGUUACAAAAGAAAGGAACCAGUGGUAAACAGUGAAUUGUGGAGGAACACCUACUGGCAUGUCAAGUCAGAAUUGAAUCCAAAGGCAGAGGAGUCACUGUCAGGUAGAACGGUG